CUGUUUAUUUUAACCUUACUUAUGCAGCAAUCAAUCUGAUUCAAAAUCACUUGAAACUACAAAAAGAAAUUAUGCUUAAAAUCAAAAGCCAGGUCCAGAAGAUAUGCGGUCGUCCUCGUUUAAAAGACCUCCUUUACAAGCAAUUGCAAAUAAGCGAUGAAACCGUUUGUAAACAUACAACACAUUAUAUGCAACGACGAACCAAAAAGAGUGAUUCAAAAAUAUCAUCCCUGUUUGUACCAGUUUCAAUAAAGCCAAAUCCAGAUGAUAUAAAUGUAGGGGCUGAACUAACCGGUUCAUUCAAUAAGGCUGAGUUAUUAAAACUAUUAAACAAAUUUUACCAAAAGCGAGAAAUUAAACAGCUAUUAACAGAAAAUGGACUAGACAAUUAUUUACAACACCAGUGUUACGUAAGUUUUCGGAGAUAUUGUUUAGAAGCAGAUACCUUACCGGUUGACUUACAUGUGGUCGUAAGCGAUAUUUUGCAAGGAGCUGGAAAUGUUACAGAUAUAUUUCCGUACUUUAUGAGGCAUGCUAAACAAAUGUUUCCUCAUCUUGAGUGCAUGGAUGAUCUUAAAAAAAUUUCUGAUUUGAGAACUCCAGCCAAUUGGUAUCCCGAAGCGAGAGCUUUGAACAGAAAAAUAAUAUUCCAUGCAGGUCCUACGAAUUCGGGUAAAACUUACCAUGCUCUAGAAAGAUUUUUCACCGCUAAAUCUGGUGUAUAUUGUGGUCCUCUGAAAUUAUUGGCUGUGGAAGUUUUCAAUAAAGCAAAUGAUCGUGGUACCCCAUGUGACUUAGUAACAGGCGAAGAAAGGAAUUACGCAGAUCCAUCUGGAGCACCAUCUUCUCAUGUAUCGUGUACAGUAGAAAUGACAUCAGUAAAUACCCCCUAUGAAGUCGCUGUGAUUGAUGAAAUUCAAAUGAUUAAAGAUCAGGGAAGGGGUUGGGCGUGGACCAGAGCUCUGUUAGGUAUAAUUGCUGAAGAAAUUCAUAUUUGUGGGGAAAGUGGUACAGCAGAUUUAUUGCGGCAAUUAUGUUUAACAACUGGUGAAGAUAUAGAAAUAAGGAAUUAUAAAAGAUUGACCCAAUUAGAAAUUGAAGAUCAUGCAUUGGGCUCUCUGGACAAUGUCCAACCAGGAGAUUGUAUAGUUUGUUUCAGUAAAAACGACAUUUAUACAGUUUCAAGAGGUAUUGAAGCUACAGGAAAAGAGGUGGCUGUUAUAUACGGAGGUCUUCCCCCUAAUACGAAGCUUGCUCAAGCGGCCAAGUUUAAUGAUCCCGAAAAUGCUUGUAAAAUCUUGGUAGCCACCGAUGCCAUAGGAAUGGGACUAAAUUUGAGCAUUCGAAGAAUAAUAUUUUAUUCUUUGAUAAAGCCAACUAUGAAUGAUAAGGGAGAAAAAGAAAUGGACACAUUAUCGGUGUCUUCUGCUCUGCAAAUAGCAGGUCGUGCAGGACGUUAUGGCACCCAAUGGGAAGAGGGUAAAGUAACGACAUUUAAGACGGAAGAUCUGAAAACUUUGAAAACGUUAUUAGCUUCUCAGCCAGAACCGAUUGUUCAGGCUGGAUUACAUCCUACUGCCGAUCAAAUUGAAUUGUAUGCCUAUCACUUGCCAAAUUCUACCCUAAGCAACCUCAUGGAUAUAUUCGUCAGUUUAUCGACAGUGGACGAUUCGUUAUACUUCAUGUGUAACGUGGAGGAUUUUAAAUUCUUGGCAGACAUGAUUCAGCAUGUACCUCUGCCACUGAGAGCUAGAUACGUUUUCUGCUGCGCUCCGAUAAACAAAAAAAUGCCUUUCGUGUGUACCAUGUUUUUGAAGUUCGCCAGACAAUAUAGUAGAAAUGAAAAAAUAACAUUCGAUUGGCUGUGCAGAAAUAUUGGAUGGCCGUUACAAACACCGAAAACCAUCAUGGAUUUGGUCCAUCUCGAGGCUGUUUUUGAUGUAUUGGACUUGUAUUUAUGGCUGAGUUAUCGCUUCAUGGAUCUGUUCGUCGACGCCAACCUGAUCAGGGAUAUGCAGAAAGAACUAGACGCCAUCAUUCAGCAGGGAGUUAUUCAAAUCACAAGACUGUUGAAAAAUUCUGAAAAUUUCAUAAGUUCUGGCACAUCCUCUGCGGCUGCUGCUGACGAUGACUUUUCAAUGAGUCGUCAGAAACAGAAUUACUUGAGAGAGGGAAAAUCCUCCGUAGGUGGAGGUCGUUUGACUGAAAGACUGUUGGCACAGGGAAUUCUAACACCAACAAUGCUACAAGAGUUGAAGAAAGAAUGGAAUAAUACAGCUAAAGAAUCAAAGACACAACCUGAGGAAACGAUAGAAGAAACAGCACAACAAAAAUCUGGAGAUGAAGAAGAAACUGAUCCAAACGAUGAUCCUAGAAAAGCGAGAAGAAAAAGGAAAACAACAAAAUGAUAUGAAUUAUAUUUAUAUAGCUAAUAAAAUUUUAUUUUUAAUUUUUUUUUGUAUUGGACGUAUUGCGAGAAUUUUAUAUGGAUAUCUCAGGAUUAAAAUGAAAAAUUCUGGCACGA